AUGAAGGGAGAAACUUGUGUCAUUUGUCUGGAAGAAACCAAGGCCGAUCGCAUGUUCGUAAUGGAUAAAUGUCUUCACCGUCAUUGCUAUCCUUGUGUUAAUCAGUUAGUAGAAGUGAAACUGCGAAACGGAACUGUGCCUACAUGUCUUGACUAUGAAUGCAAGUUAAAACUAAGUCUUGAAAACUGUUUCAAGGUUUUGAAACCUAAGGUGAUUGAGCUAUGGAAACACAUGAUGAAAGAAGAGUCCAUUCCUUUAGCAAAGAGAAUCUAUUGCCCAUAUAUAAACUGUUCAACAUUGAUGUCCAAAACCGAGAUUUCUCGGUCUAAUAAAUCCAAUGACCGUGCAUGUAUCAAAUGUUCUGGACUCGUUUGCAUUGAUUGUAAAGUACCAUGGCAUUCUGAUUUAUCGUGUGCUGAGUACAAGAAACUUCACCCUGACCCUGUACUUGAUGACUUGACGCUAAAGCUUCUAGCAAACGAUCAAAAAUGGCGCCAAUGUGUCAAGUGUCGACACUUGAUUGAGCUUAACCAAGGGUGCAACCACAUGACUUGCAGAUGUGGGUAUCAAUUUUGCUACAAAUGUGGAGUUGAAUGGAAGAAGGGUCAAGUGACUUGUCCUACUGGUUGUCCACGUACUGGCCAAGGUUAUUUUUAUGAUGGUGAAUGA